GUCAGUUUUGUGGUUACGAAACUCAGCGGGUAUGGCGCCUCAUUUCGUAAAUGCCUACACGCCCACUGCUGCACUGUUAUCUAAAAACUCAGCUCUCAGCGUCACUGCGGUCUGGAGGACACCAGAACCAUUAGCUGGGGGACUAGGGCCUGUCACUUGAAGAUAUGUGGAUUCCAUUGUUGGGUCUGACUGCUUUACCACAUGUUGGUGGGCUCUAUGGAGGGUUCAUCACAAGAAAAGAGGUGAAGACCUGGUACACUACACUUAACAAGCCAUCAUGGAGGCCACCCAAUGCUGCUUUUCCAGUGGUGUGGACCACGCUCUACACUGGCAUGGGGUAUGGUUCAUACCUGGUGUGGAAAGAGCUGGGAGGCUUCAAUGAGAAUUCACUGGUUCCACUAGGGCUUUAUGGCCUGCAGCUGGCACUGAACUGGGCUUGGACCCCAAUCUUUUUUGGAGCACACAAAAUAAAACUGGCACUUAUUGAGCUUGUGAUGCUCUCGGGUACAGUGGCAGCUACCAUGGUGUCUUGGUACCCAGUGAACCGUACUGCUACACUCCUGAUGGUCCCAUAUAUGGCCUGGCUCUGCUUGGCCACAUCCCUUAACUACUGUAUCUGGAGGGACAACCCAGAAACUAAAAAGGACUAGAGUGGACAAAAAGGAAACAAAAUUAAUGCACACAAACAGCAAGAUAUAAUUUUCAACAGUCAAUAACAAGAAUCUGCCUUUAAUCACAUUAAGUGCAUAUUCAAGUGAUAUCUUAUUAUACACUUGGCAACCAAUAUUGAAAAAGUGUGAAAAUUAGAUUAGAUGUUUUAUACUAACAUUUUGCCUGCUUCCAUGCUAAUUUUAUAUUGUUGUUUAAAUUGCACUAUGUAAUUCUUCCAAAAUAAAAUAAUAAAAAAAUACAUGUGA